UGCAUGUCCGGUCCCUGUCAUACCCACCAGCUUCAAAUAUCUCGUUGACGGCCGUCUCGAUUCCGUGAUUUUGAACACCUUCCUAAUCAUCUCCUAUAAUCUACUUUCAAGUCGACCUCUGGAAACGGACAAAAUAGCAUAAAUUACAAAACGCGAUUACACAACCAAGCCAGAAAAGAAAAACCACCCAGCAUAGUAAACAUAUACUCAGCCAACCAUGGGUCUCUUUGAUACCAGCGACUCCUGGGAGGUUUGGACUGAGAUUUCGGGCGUCCAGCGUGACCAAGCCCUCGAGCUCGUCCACGACCAUGAUUACUUUCUGCACACUGCGGACCCUCAGUUCGUCUCGUACGAGUCCGAGACGAUCACCGCCAAGGACGGCCUGACGCGGCUGCCGGCCGACAUGCACUCCGACGCUACGGGCCCUACCCAGUGCUACGCGGUAACGGACAACAUUCCAGGCCCCAUCGCCAAGCUUAUCCCCGGCAAGUCCACCGCUGUCAACCACUACCAGCUCACCAACACCACCCAGGGCAUGUUCAUCAACUUCAAGGGUGCCAUGGGUCUGGUCUCGGACCGCAAGAUGACGAUCCGUGACGCCGGAAACGGCAACAUCAGGAUUGUGCAGGAGGUCGGCCUCAAGUGCAAGAAGAUGAUGCUGGGCGUUCUCAGGGGCCAGUACGAGCAGCACUGGAGGAGAAUCCACGAGGAGUACGCCAAGAAGAUGGGCGGUGACAUCGUCGGCCACUCGGAUGGUCUGACUUCUGCUUGAUUAUGAUAUCCAUUCCCGCCCUGUCGUGCUGGGUUGUUAAUUCUUUUCAUGCUGAUUUGGCUUGAUAUCGUCCCUUUUAUGGUACCUAGAUUCUAGAAGAUGAAAAAUAUUGUGCAUAUAUUGCAGUCAG